AUGGGCUUUACUGCUUCUAAUUUAGAUUCUUCUCUCUUUCUCUUCAACAAAGAUGGUAUUAUUAUUUAUUUGUUGAUUUAUGUGGAUGAUUUAUUGACUACUAGCAAUGAUGCUUCUGCUCCCUCCAAGUUUAUUUCUCAGCAAGCUACUCACUUUGCCACCAAAGAUUUGGGAGAUUUAAGCUACUUUCUAGGCAUUGAGGUCACAUGCUUCUCUUUUGGACUUCAACUUUCUCAAUGCAAAUAUAUCAUGGAUCUUCUCCUUCGUGUUGAUCUUGAUGGCUGUAAACCAGUGACCACUCCCAUUACAGCCAAUAGUCAACUCUCCAAGUUGGAUGGUACUCCUCUUGAAGAUCCAACUGAAUAUAGAAGUCUUGCACCAACUAUUGAGCAUUGGAAUCUUGUCAAGCGCAUUCUUCGCUAUCUCAAGGGCACUAUUGAUUUUGCUCUUGUGUUUCACCCUGAUACUUGUUACACUGACAAUGGAUACUGUGAUGCUGAUUGGGCUGGUUGCCUUGAUGAUCGAUGCUCUGUUGGUGGGUAUGCUGUCUUCCUAGGCUCCAAUUUAAUAUCAUGGCAUUCUCACAAGCAACCAACCAUUGCUCGAUCAAGUACUGAAGCUGAAUUCUGCUCCUUUCCCGACUUAAUUGCAGAAAUUGUAUGGCUCUGCUCCUUGCUCAAAGAAUUGGGUGUUUCUCUCUGCCACAUACCUUGCAGCAAGUCCAGUCUAUCAUGCAUGUACUAA